AUGCCGUCUGGUUCAUGCUUUUGCGGAAAGCUGAAAUAUGAAUUUAAAGGAGACCCACAAGGGAUGGCACUCUGCUAUUGUUUUUCUUGCCAGAAGAUCAGCGGUAGUACCCACACAACAAAUGUCCUAGUCCCCGAAAAUGAAUUUUCGGUCACUACUGGUUCCGCAAAAACGAACACGCAAAUCCACGAGACCGGCAUGAAACUCACAUUGCACUUUUGUGAAGACUGCGGAGGAACUAUAUACAAAACAGCCGAUAACGAGGCUUUCGGCGGAAUGGCCGUAGUCCAGGUCGGAACUGUUGAUCAUCCCAAUCUAUUGCAGGAAGCCAAACCUGCCGUAGAGCUCUUUACCAAGUGUCGAGCACCCUGGAUUCCAAAGCUGGAAGGCGUUGUUCAAAAGGAUGAGUUUUGA